AGCUCAUACGCUCACUCAGCUUACCCCUCCUGCUUCCUUCUAUCCCCCUCCUCGUAGUGCAAGCUGAAUGUCGAGAGACACAUCUGGCUCGCCCUCCAAGAAGCCCCCACUUCCUCCGGGCAUGGUCCUCGGCCCAGAUGGCAAGCCCUGCAAGAUCUGUACCGCGUUCCGGCACUGGAAACCCCCAACGGACAACGCCAAGCAGCCUCCCUCCGCCAAUGGCACCGACGGCCCGUCACCGUCCCAGCAGAAGACCGCCGCCAUGAUGGCCGCCUUCGCCUCCGGGACCGGCUUCGUACAACCUCAGUCCCAGUCCCAGCCCGCGGCCCAAGCCCUGGCCCCAGAACCCGUCCGCCCCGCGAACUGCCCGCCAGACGUCGAGGAGCUCGGGCGCGCGACCUGGACGUUCCUGCACACGACGGCCGCGUACUACCCCGAGAAGCCGACUCAAACGCAGCGCGUGAACAUGCUCUCGCUCCUCCGCGCGCUGCCCGUGCUCUACCCGUGCUCGGUGUGCGCGCAGCACCUCGGCGAGAACAUGAAGACGCGCCCGCCGGACGUGAGCACGCGCGCGGGGCUGAGCAGGUGGUUGUGCGAGCAGCACAACGAGGUGAACGGGCGGCUGGGGAAGGAGACGUUUGAGUGCACGGUCGAGAAGCUGGACGAGAGGUGGAAGGAUGGGCCGAGCGAUGGGAGCUGCGACUGAGCGUCGUGCGUUCGGGACGUUGUCGAGGUGAGGAGAGAGGAUGCGGGAUGGCGCGGGGAAGGACGGAGGUGAGUUUUCAUGCUGUUACGGAUACGCCUAACGUUGCAGACUGUUUUGGAAGGGUUCAUUUCGCAUGCUUUCAUACACUGCAUUACCCCCCGCUCUGCAUACAAGUGCCAUACUAUAUAUGCACAUCAUGCAUUCUCGAAAGACAUCGUCUAUUCAAUCAGCCCACUCAAUCACACACUACUCUUGGCAUUCUCUGUCAGGCAAUAUUGCCCGGAGUGUUACACUACAAAAACUGCUACUGCUACAGAAAGACGCCCCUCAAAUUGCUACAAUCCCUCAAUCCUGAUAAUCCCACUCACUUACCUUCACGCACAUACCUGCCGCGUCCCGCCCGCCUCGCUCUGCUCCAGAGCGUCUUCGCGUACAUGGUCGCGUCAGCAAGCGCAGCGUCAACGCGAGGAAG